GCUCGCCAAUUUCCAAAUAUAGUAACACUUAAUUGGGUCUGACGUCACUAGCAGCCAUUACACACAACAAUCCGAUCAACUGGGAAGUGAACAAUAUUUUAAUUAAAUUUAGAUAAUCAAGGCUGAAAAUGAGGGAGUACAAACUUGUGGUGCUUGGUAGUGGUGGUGUCGGGAAGUCUGCAUUGACAGUACAGUUCGUGCAAGGAAUAUUUGUAGAAAAAUAUGACCCAACUAUAGAGGACAGUUAUCGAAAGCAAGUAGAGGUGGAUGGGCAACAGUGCAUGUUGGAAAUUCUCGACACAGCCGGAACGGAACAAUUCACAGCAAUGAGAGAUCUGUACAUGAAGAACGGCCAGGGUUUUUUGCUAGUUUACUCAAUCACUGCACAGUCAACGUUUAACGAUCUUCAAGAUUUACGAGAGCAGAUUCUUCGAGUUAAAGACACAGAUGAGGUGCCCAUGAUUCUGGUUGGCAACAAGUGUGACCUUGAGGAUGAGAGGGUCGUUGGUAAGGACCAGGGGGCAAAUCUGGCUCGCAGCUUCAACAGCGAGAUGUGUGGUUUCCUGGAAACAUCUGCCAAGGCCAAAAUAAACGUCAAUGAGAUCUUUUUUGACUUGGUGCGAAUGAUCAACAAGAAGAAUCCAGAGACGACCAAGCGCAGCAAAAAUAAGAAGGGAUGUGUUCUAGUAUGAAAACUGCCUCCAGUUAUCGCCAUGUAUUGUUUCGUUUUGUAGUGUACACAUACACAGACACUGUAGAUGAUUUUCCCACCAGAUGGAAAGGUGUUCAACGCUCUCUCAAGUGUGAAAACUUAUUAUGAAAAUCCCAAUUAGCUGAAAUAUUCAUUGAUAAUCUCAAUUUAGAAAAUGUUUUAUUGACCCUCACUGUUUGCUUUAGAAGUGAAAAAAUGUUGAUUUUUAUAUGGCUGGCUAAGACUUUAUAGAUUAUAUGCAAAAUACUUGUAAUUAUCUGGGUUAUGGUAUUCACUAAUGUUUUGAGUCUGAGUUGGGGACUCAUGCUCAAAAAACUGAAUUCUUAAUUUUUUCAAAAUAUCUAUAAUAUAUUAUUAGACAAAGAAUUCUGUUUGAUUGAAGAACUGAUUAUUUGUACACAUAUAACAUUUUUACCAUUUUCGUCUCACACUCUCACUCAAGACAUUAGUGAGUACAGGCCCAUCAUGAUAGUGCAAAAACACUUUUGACCAAGGCUUUUAUGUAUCAUCUCUUCAGAAUUUAUUAAAAAUGCUCAUGCUUGUUUUUUACAUCUUUGGUUAAGGAUAUAUUCUCUUUAGAGCAUGUUUCAUAUAGAGGUGAUGAUUCAUUAAAUUUCCAUUGAAAAUAAAUGAUUAAAAUAUUACUUUGUUGGAAACACAGUUUGACGAACUUAUAUUUUUAGCUGUGAACAAUUUUGUAAACAAAAAGUACCUUCGUAAAGUCCCUGUUUGUUGUUUAACAAUAAUGUUUGUAUCUUUUUUUUUUAUUGCUAAAGCAUUUUUCAAUAUGAAAAAGAAGCUUUUUAUAUGAGUAAAGUUUCCAUUUUUUUACACAUUUUGUAAAUUAUUACUUCUUCUUGAGUUGACAAUCAAUAAAAAAAACAAAAUAACAAUGGGAGAUGCUUCUAUCACAGUGUUGAUGGAAAUCCCGGUACAAUAUUCUGUUUACCGGUACACUAAAGUAGUACUGCCGGAAAAUUGACAAUGAAUAUCCAUAAGUAAGGUAGAAAACUCUUCUUCCAAUGAAAUCGCAGGUUACAAAUCAGUAAUGCUCAACUCCUCAAGAUUAACCAUGAUGUUAUGCAUGGCAUAUGUCACUAAUAAACAAAGAAUCCACAGCAUAAUUUCAUUGGCUUAAAUUCAGAAGAGGUCCCAUAGGCCAAUGAAUCUACCUGAUCAAUUCUUCAUGAUAUCGUGUUUCCCAUAAAGCUGAGCAUAAUAGUGCACCGGGAGUUUCCAACAAUGCUUUACCAGUAUUAGAAUUGUAAUCAGUAGUGAUUGAUAUAUGGUUUGGUUAACCAGAAGGUAUCCAAACCUUUAUUUAAUAUCCUUUGGUACCUGCUGGUACUAUUUCCACGGAUUUUCAUUUUAAACAGAACAUUUCGACCUCUGGUAUGAAACAACAUACUCGAUAUACACUAUACUAUUUUUAUGCAUUGAUGCUAUGUUAUUACUACUAUAAAUUGCUUAAAUUUUGUGAAGUUUUUUUUGCUUAUGUAUAUUGGAUCAUACCACUUCAAAAAUUUAAAACUUUGCUUAGAAAUAUUUACAAAAAUAGAUUGUGUAUAUGUGAGCUAUUUACAUCAUCAUGGCUUUGCGAAAACAUGUAUUAAACCUCCCGAAAAAAAAGGUUAUUAAAAAAAAAAUAUAUAUAUAAAAAGGGCCUCACAGAUUUCAAGUUAUUUACAGUAGUGCCAAAUCCCUUGUAUAUGAUGUUACAUUUAUCUCUAUAAUUAGCACUAUAUGUAAUAGCAUGAUCUGUUUUUAUGCAACUACCGAUAUAAUUGUGUCAGAUGCAUCAGUGCCCGUUGUUUCAGCAACCUUUUUUUACAUCAACAUUUUGAUAGAUCAUUUUGUCUCGUAGUUAAAUCAUUUUAGUGGUUUUCUUUGAUCAUUUUAUAAAUGUAUGCUUGAAUGAUUGUGAAAAUACACAAUACUGAACCAAGUUUUACAACUUUUUAACAAGUGUCUUCUUGUGUAAUCAUUAUUCUGUACUUGCAAUGAAAAUGAAGGAACUUGUAUUUUAUCUUCUUAUUUAUAUCUGAACUUGGCGUAGCUUUGAGGGAGCAAGUGUCAACAGUUAAUGAUAGGUACUUUUCGCAAUAGAACUUUAUGAUAAAAUUGAGGAAUAUUUACCAUUACCAGAUGAUAAAUAAAUUAUAUAUUUGUUGUGAAUUUGUUAUCUUUUGGAGGCAAUGAAAAAUACACUUUUCAUGUGAUUGGAGCAGUUGUGAUACUAAAUUUUGUAUAAGCAUUAAACACAACAUCAUAUUUGAUAUUCAUGUUGUUUCAGAGUUUUAUGUAACAUUGUUGUUAUAUCUGUCCAAAGAAAGGAUUAAUCAUAAUUAUUGUUUCGAUAGAAUCGUUUAUAUUUUACCUGUAAUUUUUUAUUGCACACAUGUCUUCACUGUUCAGGUUGCAUAAAUGAUUCUGAUAAUUUAAGAAGCUCUGAGCAAAAAUGAACACCAAAAUUGCAUUCAGUUGUUUGAUUAAAAAGUUAAAUACUUGCAUGAAAUAAGAGACAUUCAAGAGAACACUAAAACAUGAGAACAUGUAUCCGUUUUUUACUUCAAUAAAUUGCAAAGUAUUAUGUAAGGCAGCAACGAAGUCUGCAACUUGCUUCUCCAACUUCUUUUAUAAGAAAGCUAAAAUGAAGUGACAGUAACAACAUUUGUAUUACUAUUAUUAUAAUAUAUAUAAUUAAAAUCAAUUCUUAUCAACUAAGUGUUGAAGAUAUAAAAUCAUUCAUUUUCUAACUGCUGUUCGAAAUAUAAGAUAUUCUUGGUGUCAGCGGCAACGAGUAAUUACAUUACGACGAGCAAGAUUGAAUAUAGCUCAAUAAAUAUUCAAGCUCAGAAAACGUUGAAGAUAUUCAUUUGGACAUUGGUACACAUGUCGCCAGGGACAAUAAGCACAUUAAGAAUUUGUCGAGUUAAAGACAAAAAACGAAAAACACAAGUGAUGACUUUGGCUCCACGGCCCUCUUGUUUUAUUUUAAGACUGCAUUAACAUUUUAUUCUUGUAUUAAUUCACUGGUUUCAAGAUUACUUGUGAUUGGACUUGCCAUUUGAUUAAAGUGCUUCUAUAUAUUCUGUAUCAGUUAUUAACUUUUCUUGCAAUUUAUUGUAUAUUUGUAGUAAGAAUUCACUUUUUCUAUUAUUGUACGUAUUUCAUGAUUCCAUACCAUCAUAAUAAGGCUUAACAACAUUAAAUAACUUGGUCUGCUAUUUAUAAAACAUGUUAAGGCAUUUCCUAACUUAAGUCACUUUCCUGAUUUAAGUUUCUCUGUGGAUCUAUGAUAUAAAAACUUUUCUAAUUUCGUAAAUGUACUAUUGACAUAUUGAAUGCACAUGUGUUAUGUUAUAAACAGUUAUGCAUUACUUUAAAUUCAACUUUGAAAUUUUAAGAAUCAACUUAAGUUAAGAAAUGAAUUAAGCUGUUUUGUGAAUAGUGCCCUGUGUCAAAUUGAAACACUUAUCUUAUACAGUAAACCUUAUGAAUUGGCAAUAUUUCUUCACUAUUUACAUACUUAUAAACGUUGCUAUUCGUACAUGCAAUAACUGCUAUUUGUACAUAAAAUAGCUGCUGUUCCACAAGUGAAGACAUUUUGAUGCCUAUCACGGUUGAUAUGCUGAUAAACUCAGAUUAAGUCCGCCCUUGGUAAUUAAGCAGAUAUGAAAAGAAAGUAAUGAAUCCAUGUUCAAUUGUAUUUUUAUUUGGUAUAUAACAGCAUUACACUUUUUUCAUUAUGCUUAUUAAGGUUAGACCUCUAUGUGUCGAUUAAUUUUUUCAGCAUCUUUUCACAUAGUAAAUAAAAAAUCUAAUAGGUAACCUUUUUAUUUUAGCAGACAUGAAUUUCCUUACUCUUUACAAAUAAUAGCUGAAUUUGAAGUGUGUUUGUGCUCAAUAUUGCCAAUGAAAAAGGGUUAUUUAUCAAAUACAUGGAGUUAUCAAUUAAAUGUUCCUACCGUUACAUCAUUUUACUUUGUAUAUCAUGUAAUGUCCGUAUCCUAAUAUGCAUGAUAUAAUGUGUCAGUGUAUAGUAUAUCUUUACUUAAUCUUUUUUGAUAUUGCAUUAGUAAUUUAUUGUUCAUGUAGUGCAGGGUUUGAGUCAAAUUGCAUUAUACUUAUCUAAUUGAACAAAUAAAGUUAAAAAUAGUUA